ACAGGCAAGAUGGCGCUGACUUUGAGGAAUGGUUGUCUAGAGAUGCUGAGAACAUGUCGGCGAGUAAAUUCACGUAAUGUGAACAUUCCCGUCCUUAAUCAGAUGGGAAUUCUGUCUCCUGCCCUGCUGCGUCACAGAAGCUCUCAGAGAAUCAAAUUACCAUUAAGUUAUGUACCACCAACAUCCUUAUCCAGACCACCGUGGCCAGAACUUCAGUCCAUCAGCCGUGAUGAACAGGAGAGGCAGCACCAAGCGGUUGUAGAAACCGUGAACAAUCUUCUUGAAAAGGAAGCCUAUGGAAGACUUUUUGCAGUUGUACAUUUUGCAAGUCGACAGUGGAAAGUUACUAAUGAAGACCUCAUCCUCAUUGAAAACCACAUUGAUGCUGAAUGUGGUGACCGGAUUAGACUAGAGAAGGUUCUGCUGGUUGGUGGAGAAGAAUUCACACUCAUUGGGAGGCCCCUACUCGGAUGUGAUUUGGUCAGAGUAGAGGCAACUGUAAUUGAGAAGACUGAAUCCUGGCCCAAAGUUCACAUGCGGUUCUGGAAAAGACACCGAUUCCAGAAGAAAAGAAUUAUUGUUCAACCACAGACUGUGCUUCGUGUCAACACAAUUGAAGUUGCUCCCCGACUGACAUGACUCUAUACGUUUUGAAUUGUAUAAUAUAGUAUUGCUCAGUGGAUAUUCCAUUUAAUUUGGAAACAUGCUCAGUAUCACAAUAAAAUGCGAAAACUUGUGUCUG